AUGGGGAAUUGUUCCAUGAAGGGUACCAUUAAAGAGUGUCAUCAUACUAUUCAGGUUAUGAGUGACUGCGGAGCCAUUUUGCAGUUCAAAGCUCUCAAGACUGUGGCUCAAGUGCUUCAACAUUACCCUAGUUAUGGUAUUUUCGGCCAGGGUCAUGCUUCAGAACCUUUGCCAGAGCAAGAGAGGUUAAGCUAUGGUCUUUUCUAUUAUCUUCUUCUGUUGAAGGACGAGCAAAAACGUUGUUGUGACAAUGUUGGAGUUGAAGAAGGAGUGGGAGGUCUUCGAAGUAAGUUUGUAGCGUGUGAUUAUGUUGAGAAUUUGUCAAAUGGGUCGGCGCUUGAAGUGUUGCCAACGGUUAAGAACGACGUGUGGAGAUUGAAGUUGGUGAUUGAGCAGAGGCAAUUGGAGGAGAUUUUGUCAGAGUAG